AUAUAUAUAUAGAGAGAGAGAGAGAGAGAGAGAGGAGAAUCAUACAUUUCUUACGGAGGCGCAUCCAUCGCAAACGAUCGCAUGGUUGACGAUUUUGAUUGAAGGAAAGAUCAGCUAAUUUUGAUUCCGGGAGCAGGGGAAGAACGAUGGCGGCCGGCGAUAGAAUUCCGGUGACGGCUGCUGCCUCCGAAGACAUUCGUGCAGAGGACUUGGAAGCAACCGUCGGAUUUUUUAAUCACUUGGGAACUAACAAAACGAUGGAACCACAAUUCGACGUCAAGGACUCGUUCUCCGACCUGAUUGGAGGUGUUCUCAAAGUUGUGUCCAUCGAAAGGGGAAAAAUCUCCUGCUUGCUUACUGUCAAGCCUGCAAUCAAGAAUGCUUAUAAUGGAAUGCACGGCGGCGCUGUUGCAUCUGCUGCCGAGAGGGUUGCAAUUGGCUGUGCUAGAACAGUUGUUCCUGAAGACAAGGAUAUGUUUCUUGGAGAACUAAGCAUUGCUUAUUUAGCUGCUGCUCCAGUUAAUGCUGAAGUAAUUGUAGACGGUUCUAUCAUAAGGAGUGGGAGGAACAUUACUGUAGUUUCAGUUGAUUUUCGGCUCAAGGAGUCGGGGAAGGUGGUGUACAUGACUCGCGCUACUUUCUACAAUAUGCCGGUGUCAAAAUUGUGAGUUCACAAACUAUGUGUGUGUAAUUAUUCUCUAUAAAUUUGGAAAAAAGGGUAUGUGUGGAUGGAUUUAGAUAGCUCUCUAUAGAGGAAUUGUUUAAGUUAUUGAAUUCCCAAAACAUUGCCAACCAGACAAAAACAAGACCAUAUAUUUGGAAUGAUGUAAAAUCUGUGCCAAUAAAUGGUUGAUUUGUGUUCUUGUGACUAAAA